AUGGGGAGAGAGCUGGUCGGCCCCUUUAGGGUCCCUGAAGGUGUGAAAAUGAUCUCUGUAAAGAAUGUGGAGUUUCUGAGUGACCACUUUCUCCCAUGGUACAAAGAAGAACUUUGUGCUUUCCGUAACAAAAUCAUCUUCAUGCAUGACAAUGCACCAUCUCAUGCUGCAAGGAAUACCUCUGCAGCUUUGGCUGCUAUGGGCAUAAAAGGAGAGAAACUCAUGGUGUGGCCCCCAUCCUCCCCUGACCUCAACCCUAUUGAGAACCUUUGGAGCAUCCUCAAGCGAAAGAUCUAUGAGGCACAGUCACAGAAGUGGGCGUGGCCUAAAGUGGGUCGACACCUUUCUUGUGAUGGUGCAGAGAACAGACACAGAGACAAAGAGAGAGAAGAAAAGGAGCAGAAGAGGAGAGUAAACCGCUGCUGGAUCCUGUUUCUGAGCAAACAUCUGGGCAGCGUUCUAUUAACCUUCAACAGCAAGGUGAACUACGGCUGUAACGCAGGCUUCAGGCUGAUUGGUCAUCGGGAGCGAGUGUGCCAAGCGAACCGCCAGUGGUCCAACAGCGACCCUCCCACCUGCGUCCUGCUGACCUGCGACCCUCCUCCCAACAUCGUCCACGGACACUACAAGGGCUCCGAUUUCCAGGUGGGCCGAAAGGUGCAGUACUACUGUGACGAGGGCUACGAGCUGGCCGGGGACGCCACCUGGACCUGCCUGAAGUACGGGAGGUGGGACAAGUCGAGACGUCCCCGCUGCUCUCCGGUGCAGUGUCCGGAGCCGCCGCUGGAGGAGAACCACCUGGUCCUGAAGGGCCUGGACUCUGAGUCUGGAACGGUGGAGUUAUCUUGCGAGGACGGCUACGUCCUGGAGGGAGCCCGCGUCCUCCACUGCACCCCGUCCCAGGAGUGGAACGACACCUUUCCGCUGUGUAAGCAGGUGUUCUGCGGCCCUCUGCCCGAAGUGUCGUUCGGAGGCCCCUCCUCCGCCUCUCCUCUGUUCCCUUUCGGCUCCGUGGUGAGCUACACCUGCAUGGAUGGCUUCACUUUAAGAAAAGAAUGCUCUGUGUCCUGUGUAGCCAGCGGGCAGUGGAGCAAUCCUUACCCAGAAUGCAUCCCUGUUGAAUGCCCUCAGCCUGUGGAGGUUUCUAACGGUAUCGUUGACGUCCAGGGUCUGAUGUACCUCAGCAAAGCUCUCUACAGCUGCAGGACUGGAUAUAACUUAGUGGGCAACUCCACCGUGCUCUGUGGAGAGAAGGGGCUCUGGAUCGGAGGCGUGCCUUCUUGCCGCCCAAUCGAAUGCUCCGUCCCCAAACAGAUCACUAACGGAAAAGUCGUUAAUACAAAACUCCAGUUUGGCCACAGUGGCACCUACUCCUGUCGCCGCGGUUACCGUCUCCAAGGCCCAGAGACCGUCCUGUGCCUGGCCAGUGGGGAGUGCACGGUCAGGUACAGCUGUGAGGACGGAUACGAGCUGCAGGGGGAGCCGCUGAGGCAGUGUGUGUCAGGCCGACUGUGGACUAACGAUGCCCCGGUUUGUCGGCCCGUCUCCUGUGGUGACCCAGGCGCCAUCGCUAACGGCACAGCUCACGGAGGGGCUUUCGUCUACCCUGAGGUCCUGCACUAUGAGUGUAGUCCUGGAUUUGUCUUAAAGGGGAGCGACACUAUUGCAUGCAAGGUGGACGGGAAGUGGAACAGACCGAAGCCGUGGUGUGACCCGGUGUCUUGUGGCCCCCCGAAGGUCCCCAGUGAUGUUAGUUUUAGAGGAGAUGACUACAGCUAUAAUAAGGAGAUAGAACUGAGCUGUCAGCCCGGUUUCAUCUUAAAAGAGAAAUCUAUCAGUGUUUGUCAGGCUGAUGGCACCUGGAGCCACAAGUCUCUGAGCUGUGUUCCUGCCCGCUGCGGGAAACCCUCACCAGUAGCCAACGGGCGUGUGUCCGGGUCUGAGUUCGGCUUAAACAGCAAGGUAAGCUACGAAUGUGACGAGGGAUACACGCUUAACGGAGAACACACGCGUAUUUGUCAGUCAGACGGACUUUGGGACAAACCUGCGCCUCGCUGUGACAUCAUCAGCUGCGAUCCACCCGAGGACAUCAGCCACGGCUUCCUCAACGGCUCCAGCUUCAACUACGACGACGUGGUGGAGUACGUGUGCUUCGACGGCUACGAGGUGGUGGGGGACCCCGUGCUGAGGUGCUCCGCUCGGGGCUUCUGGGUGGGCACGGUGCCUCAGUGUCGGCCCUGCGUCUGCGCCCUCCCCGUGGUCAAAUCGGCGUGGUUCUCGGCCGCGAGCGCGCCUGCAGAGACGUCGUGCACUUCCAGUGUGACGGUGGCUACAAGCUGCUGGGCCCCUCUCAGGCGAUGUGUGAGAAGGGGGGGGGUGUGGGGCCCCGGGGUGCCCGUGUGUGGCCGGGGAAGGUGCAGUGUCGCCAUGCCUACAGUGGCCAACGCUGUCCUGCAGGGCGGCAGUGCCACCUUCCCAGACACGGUGAUCUACCGGUGUCGGCCGGGCUACCAGCCCAGGGGCUACCCACACCUCUCCUGUGGAAGAGACGGCAGGUGGGGGGAACCCAGAAUCAGCUGUGAGCCUCUGAGCUGUGGAAAGCCUCCACCUGUCGCCCACGCUCAGGUGGAGGGAGACACCUUCACCUUCCCAAACCAGAUCACAUACAGAAAACCUGUGUGCCAGGAGGCCCAAAUUUGA